AUGGCUGUGCACUGGAGACAUGGAACAAGCAUGCACAAGGACGCCGAGAAGUUGGCUGACGAGGUGUUGUCCACACUGGACAAGCACGGCCUUAUUGUACGAAGAGCCUUUCUCUCGACGAACUGCAAGGAUGAGGCAGAUCUAGAAGAGCUGAAAAAGAAGUUGGGAAUGGAGAUUGUGCAGUUCAAGGAAGCUUCCUUCGCUCCGUGGCAACGAGCCCUCAUCGACAUGAUCAUCGCCAGUGAGGCGCCGCUGUUCGUGCCCUCGAGCUAUUCGAGCUCGUUUGCCAAGACCAUCCUGAGAUGCGAUGUCGCCAUCAUCUCGCGCUUUAGCUUUCACUCAAUCUUGGAGAAGUAUCCUUGGGAGAAGCGGAAGUUUCAGCGGGAGAUGAAGCACAAGCUGAUGGAGCUAGGGAAGCUCAUCGACGUGAAGGAUGACAUCAACCUCGAGCAGCAGGCGACCCAAUGCGAUGCACUGAAGCAGCUGCCCUUCUUCUCAGACAACAGCGAGUCCAUGCACGAAUUCGUUGCUGAGCUCGCGAUGAACACGUCAACUUACUGGUAUCAACCUGGUAAAGUUCUCUUAGAGGAAGGCGACAUAAACUGCGACGAGAUGUUCAUUCUUCUUCGUGGCGCCUGCGAGGUUUCCUCGUGUGGCCAGUUCUUGGGAAGGAUAGAGAACGAUGUGAUCGGCGAGAUCGGCAUUCUCGAUCUGCUGGAACGGCGAACAGCGACCGUCAAGACUGCCACUGCCUGCCAGUGUAUGAAGCUGUCCCGGCAGGUGAUGGUUCCGAUACUGGCCAAAUAUCCAGAUGCCCGCCUGCGCUUGCUCGAGCUCGCGAGGACGCGUCUCACCGCGAUCAAUGAGGCGAUGAAUGGACCGCAGGAUGGCCCGGAGAGGGGCACGGUUGCCGUUCAAGACCUUUGCGGACGCCU